GGUUACAGGCUGUCGCGAGGUCCAUUCUGGAAGUGGACCGUUUAGUUGUCACGGCUUGUCGGAAGCGUGUCACAUAGCCUAGCCUUCGCGGAAGUUCGUCACGUCGCAGUUGCUCCCGCACAGCGGAUGUUUAUCGCUGCUUAGGUGACGCUGAAAAGUGUUUGCAGCCUUCGCCGCUGCCUUCUGCUUGAAGCACUAUGGAGGGAGAGAGAAAGAACAACAACAAACGGUGGUAUUUUACUCGAGAACAGCUGGAAAACAGCCCAUCCCGUCGUUUGGGCCUGGACGCAGAUAAAGAACUUUCAUACCGCCAGCAGGCGGCCAAUCUGCUCCAAGACAUGGGGCAACGACUUAAUGUUUCGCAGUUGACUAUCAACACUGCGAUAGUAUACAUGCAUCGAUUCUACAUGAUUCAGUCCUUUACACAGUUCCAUCGAAAUUCUGUGGCCCCAGCAGCCUUAUUUCUAGCUGCUAAAAUAGAAGAACAGCCAAAAAAAUUGGAAAACGUCAUCAAGGUAGCACAUACUUGUCUCCAUCCACAGGAAUCACUUCCUGAUACUAGGAGUGAGACCUACUUGCAACAAGUUCAAGAUCUAGUGAUAAUAGAAAGCAUAAUUCUACAGACUUUAGGCUUUGAACUAACAAUUGAUCACCCACAUACAUAUGUGGUGAAGUGUACUCAACUUGUUCGAGCAAGCAAGGACUUGGCACAGACUUCUUACUUCAUGGCAACCAACAGCCUACAUUUGACCACAUUUAGCCUGCAGUACACACCUCCUGUAGUGGCCUGUGUUUGCAUUCAUCUGGCUUGCAAGUGGUCCAACUGGGAGAUCCCAGUCUCAACUGAUGGGAAGCACUGGUGGGAGUAUGUUGAUGCCACUGUGACCUUGGAACUUUUAGAUGAACUGACACAUGAAUUUCUACAAAUUCUGGAGAAAACCCCCAACAGACUCAAACGAAUUCGGAAUUGGAGGGCCUGCCAGGCUCCCCAGAAAACAAAAGCAGAUGACCGAGGAGCAGAUGAAAACACUUCGGAGCAGACAAUCCUCAACAUGAUUUCUCAGAGCUCUUCAGAUACAACUAUUGCAGGUUUAAUGAGCAUGUCAAGUACUUCUACUACAAGUUCAGUGCCUUCCCUUCCUACUCCUGAAGAGUCAUCCAGCAACUUAAGCAAUGUGGAAGUGUUGCCGACUGAGUGCUGGCUGCCUUCCCAACCUCCUUUUAAACUAGAACCUGCUCAUCAGACUAGUGAGAAUUUAGCACUUGUUGAUCAUUCCUUGCAACAGGACAGUUCAAAUGUGUUUAUUCCCCAGAAGCAGAAUAGUAAGAGUGUGCCGUCAGCUAAAGUGUCACUGAAAGAAUACCGUGCAAAGCAUGCGGAAGAGUUGGCUGCCCAGAAGAGGCAAUUGGAGAAUAUGGAAGCCAAUGUGAAGUCACAAUAUGCAUAUGCUGCCCAGAAUCUCCUGUCUCACCAUGAUAGCCAUUCUUCAGUCAUUCUGAAAAUGCCCAUAGAGGGCUCAGAAAACCCUGAACGGCCUUUUCUGGAAAAGGCUGACAAAGCAGCUCUCAAAAUGAGAAUCCCAGUGGCAGUUGGAGAUAAAGCUGCCUCUUCAAAACCAGAGGAGAUAAAAAUGCGCAUUAAAGUCCAUGCUGCAGCUGACAAGCUCAGUGCUAUAGAUGACGGUGUCACAAAGAGCCAAGAGCACAAAGAAAAGCACAAGACUCAUCCAUCUAAUCAUCAUCAUCAUCACAAUCACCACCCAAACAAUCACUCUCACCAACAGCUUCCUAUUGGUACUGGGAACAAACGUCCAGGUGAUCCAAAACAUAGUAGCCAGACAAGCACCUUAGCACACAAAACCUAUAGCUGGUCUAGUUCUUUCUCUAACAGUUCUACUCGUAAAAGGGGCCCCCCUGAAGAGACUGGAGGGGCAGUGUUUGAUCAUCCAGCCAAGAUUGCCAAGAGUACUAAAUCCUCUUCCAUAAAUUUCUCCUUCCCUCCCCUUCCUACAGUGGCCCAGUUGCCUGGGCAUAGCUCAGACAUGAGUGGCCUUUCUUUUUCACAGCCCAGCUGUAAAACUCGAGUUCCUUAUAUGAAACUCGAUAAAGGGCGCACUGGAGCCAAUGGUCACAAUGCAGCCCAGACGAUAGACUAUCAAGAUACUGUGAAUAUGCUUCACUCCCUUCUCAGUGCCCAGGGUGUUCAGCCCACUCCACCCCCUGCGUUUGAAUUUGUUCAUUCCUAUGGAGAAUAUCUGAAUCCACGGGCUGGUGGAAUGUCCUCCAGAUCUGGUAAUACAGACAAACCCCGGCUACCACCUCUACCAUCAGAACCUCCUCCACCACUUCCACCCCUUCCUAAGUAAAAAAAGAAAAAGAAGAGGAAAAGACUUAUGUGAAAACACAUACUUUUUUUUUUUAAC